AUGUUCGAAAACGUCGUCUUUCCUCGACUGCAUGUCAAACACAAUUGGGUCCAACCCACCACGAACUCAUCUGUUGCAAACAACAUCCUCGAUAUCCGGUCCGACAAGGAAGAGUUCCAGCUUAAAGAGUCCCUGGAAAAAAGCAUCCGUGCUGCUUGCCAUGAGGAUGGGGAGGCCGCAAUGCCCGAUCUGCUGCUCUGGGACGAGAAGGGCCUACGGUAUUUUGAAGAGGUCACCUAUGCUCCAUCAUACUACUUGACCAGCGAGGAAAUUAGGCUGCUGGAGAGACACAAGUAUCAUAUUGCAGAGCAUAUCCCGUCCGGGAGUAUGCUGGUCGAACUGGGCAGUGGUAACCUCCGCAAGAUCAGAAUCUUACUCGAGGCCCUUGAUGAACUGGGUCGCGAGGUGGAUUACUUCGCCCUGGACCUCUCCUAUCCCGAACUCCAACGGACACUCAGUCUGGUGCCCCCGGGACGAUUCCGACAUGUGCGGUGUUUUGGUCUCUUUGGAACCUACGACGAUGGGCGCGAAUGGCUGAAACGACCCGAGAUCAAGUCCCGUCCAAAGACUCUACUGUCUCUUGGCUCUACCCUCGGAAGCUUUCAGAGAGCAGAGACACCUGCCUUUCUGUCCAGCUUUUGUUUGGGAUUUAUCAAGAAUGGAUUAGUGCGAGCCAACGAGAUCGUGGGUCGCGACGUCUUCGAUCUCGACCAGUGGGAUGUCAAGGGCGUCUGGGAUGCAGAGAAUGGCAGUCAUAACCAAUAUUACGUCCCUCGCAGCGAUGUUCACCUCGCAGGGAACAGGAUCCCGCCGGGAAAGAAACUGCUGGCAGUGAAGAGCCACAAGUAUGAUGCUGAGGAUCGAGAUAUGUUGUGUCGGAAGGCGGGACUGCGGAUUGUUGGCCAUCAGACACGGAUUACACUUAUUCUUUCCCUCAUCGCAAUGCCCUCGCACACCACAGAUCUCUUAAUUAUCGGCGCAGGGCCGGCGGGUCUGAUGGCCGCCUGCUGGGCCUCCCAUUACAAGAUGUCCACACGCAUCAUCGAUCAGAAGAGCGGCCGAACGACCACCGGCCAUGCGGAUGGGAUCCAUAGCCGCACUUUAGAGAUCUUUAAUAGCUUCGGCCUCCUUGAUCCCGUCUUGCGACAGGGUGUUCGUGACGUGGAAAUGUGCUAUUGGGGCCCGAAUAAGGACACCGGGCAAGUUGAGCGACGAAAAAGGCUGCGUUCGCAACCCGGCAAUCUUUCCCAGUUUGGCCAGAUGCUGUUCAACCAGGGGGGAAUCGAACAGAUACUGCUUGAUUAUCUCUCACAGGAGGGUCGGAUAGCCGUGGAGUGGAACACUCGGGCAGAAACAUUGAGCAUCGGUCCUGAAAAUAUCCUUGGCAAUGACGACUUUCCACUUGCUGUGGGAGUCACAAAAACCACCAGCGAGAAUGACACAGUGGAACAGGCAGAGACAAUACACGCUCGCUAUAUGAUUGCGUGUGAUGGCGCCCAUAGUUGGACUAGAAGUCUGCUUAAGGUCCCUAUGGAAGGUCAUUCGGAGCAUUCCACCUGGGGAGUCAUAGACAUCGUUCCCAUCACCGAUUUUCCCGACAUUCGCCAAUCCUGCGCGAUCCAGUGCCCUGGUCAUGGCAGCAUCAUGACAGCGCCACGCGAAAAUCGACUCGUCCGACUGUACAUCCAGAUCAAAAGCGACAAACAACUAGAGCAAAGGGUGCAGGAUUACUCAGAGGACACGCCCAGAGCACUCAUUGAAGCUGCAGAAAGAAUUUUCCUGGCUGGCGAUGCCGCUCACACCCACUCUCCGAAAGCGGGUCAAGGCAUGAAUGUGUCGAUGCAAGAUACCUACAAUCUCGUCUGGAAGCUCGGAUCCGUCAUUACCGGAGCAGCAGAUCCCAUUAUUCUCGACACAUACGAGUCCGAACGACGGCCAGUCGCUGAAGAACUCAUGAAGAUGGACUCCGUCCUGGUGCAUGCAUAUGAACAAGAAGCCAAGGACGCGGAAGAAGUCGAUCAGGUCCGAGACGACUAUGCCGGUUUUAUGUCUGGGGUGAAAGUCACAUAUGCCCCAAACAUGCUCGUUGCCAGCACCGAAAAGAGCGGAGACAGAGCACUGGCAAAGAAUAUCGCAGUCGGCAUGCGUAUACCAUCAUUUCCAGUGGUCAAUCAAGCGGACGGAUCAACCAUUCCCCUGUUGGACGUCCUUCCCAGCAACGGCUGCUGGCGGCUGCUUGUUUUCUCUGGCGACUUGCGACGGCCAGGCGUGUGGGAACGACUCACCUCGUUCGCUGAAAGCUUCAGUCAACGCUCUCACUUGGCACAUUGGCACCAGACUCAGAAAUCACGAGCGCGUGGUCCUCGGCUCGAAACUCUGCUGCUGCAUGCGAGUCCGAGGACGAAAAUCAACCUUCUGGAUCUCCCGCAGAUCUUUCAUCCGUUUGAUGACGAAUUGGGGUGGGACUAUUGGAAGACGUUUGCCGAUGAUGAUGCAUAUGGCCCAAACUCGGGCAAAGCGUACGCGGGCUAUGGCAUCGACAGGAAUGUAGGUUGUUUGGUGCUUUGUCGACCAGAUCAACAUAUGGCGUGGAUAGGAAGUCUAGACGAGGUGGCAGGCUUAGACAAUUACUUCUCGGAAUUUUCUCGGCAGUAG